GCGCGGUAUGGCCUCCCGCGUAACGCCGCGCGCCCGGUAUGGCCUCCCGCGUAAUGCCGCGCGCCCGGUAUGGCCUCCCGCGUAACGCCACGCACCCGGUCUGACUGGCCCCUUCAUCAUGUCUCACAGCAAGAAGUUUACACUCCUAAGGUGAACUACACAAUCAAGGAUGCCAUCCCCAGAUUCAAGCACCUGCUGCGGGUUCGAGCCAGAGAGGAGUUUGGCAUCGGGCAGUGGAGUGACUGGAGCCCCCAGCUGUAUGCGUACACAUGGACAGAGCCGACACGUAUGCCAGCCGCCACUGAUACGGUCCAUGACUGCUGGUUUCCCGAGGGCUCCGGUACGGAUGAAGAUAACGCGGUGGAACACGUCCCUGUGCUGCACACGUCCGACCGUCAGUCACUGCUGCAUGUAUCCUGGGUGAUUGGAGUCUGCAUGGUGCUGGGCGUCAUCGUCAUGUGCGCCGUUGCCCUCAGGCACAAGGCAAAGUUCAUGUUUAAACUUCAUAAGCUGAGUCGUACUUCCCCGCCGCCGCCGUCGGCCUCGACUUCUUCAGCGCCGCCUACGGAGGAAGGAAACCCCCUUGUGCGUGAAAAGCCGCCUGGUCCCCCACAGAACUCGGACCCCCCAUUUCCUCAGGAAGACGAGGCGAGCGACGAAGGAAUUCACCUCUCCAACUUGGGUUACUUCUUAGUACAAAGGGACUAAGAGACUUGGCGCUUAACUUCUGUACCUCUCAGAUUUAUAUGCACUGCAUUAUAUAGCAUAACGUGUACAUCUGUAUGAAUGAUGUAGUAAUAUAUUACAUCACACCCAUGUGAAGUAUCUUUAGGUGACUCUAUUGUGAGAGACACUAUGUAAAAAUAAAUUGAAUUGAAUGUAUACUUUGCUAGUAUAAACGCAAAUCCGUUCAUCUUUUUUGUAAUAGAAAACUGUAAUGUUUCGUUACACUGAGCCAAUAGUAAGAUACCAUAUAGCAUUGCAUUGUUUUUUAAACUGUAUGAUACUACAUUUGUUAAGGGAAAAAUUGACUGAGUUCUGAAUUUCUUGUCUUGUCAUUUCAUUUACUGUUUUGUAUGAUAACCUGUUUGUAUUUGACAUACGUGUGUUUGAUUAUAUGCAGCACUGUAUAAAAGUCAUAUGAAGAAAAUGUUUAAAUGAUCUUCAUGGUCAAAGUGUUUCAGCUUUUCAAAACCUCGCCUUAAGUCACCCCAAUAUUUGCAGCAACCAAACAUGCACCCAUCUUAUUAUACUACUCCAGCACUAGCACACCGUAAUUGGCUAAUCAAGAGUUAUUUAAUUAAGUUAGUUAAUCGAGAUAAUGGUGAAAUUUAAUGAAUAUGUGGAUUGGGGAGGAGAGGAGAGGUUUGGGAACUGAAUCGUUCUUCUAGCCAUCCAACUAGAUGGACUCUAACUUUUCGUUUUUAUUGUUACUGUUAACUUUAAUGUUAAACUGGUUUUUUUUUUUGUAAGCAAAUAUACACUCACGACCCAGUUAAACAACUUUAAACAUUUGCUUUGACGGUGAAGACUUUCACAGCAUUGUUUAUAAUAUUAAGUUUAGAAUAAAUGUAUAUAAGUUGUACUGUUUUAUAA